AACGCUAAACUAAACAUAUAUCAGUAUUUUAUCAAUCAAAAUGUUAAGAAAUAAAAACUACAUAUACGGACCUACAGAUAUCGUGGUGCCUUCACACUUACAUCUAGGACACUAUAUGUUGGAUAGAUUAAUGGAAUUCAAGGAUGGAAAAAUAAUAAAUGGCCAAACCCACGAAGUCACAACCCUAGGGCAGAUAGCCCAGCAGUCCAUGAACCUAGCUGUCUCCCUCACACACAUGGGGAUUAGAAAAGGAGACGUGGUAGGGCUGUGCUCAGAGAAUCGCGUCGAAUUUUGGAGUUCUGUUAUAGGAACUAUUUUGUCAGGAGCUGUUUUGACUACUAUCAAUAUGAAUUAUACAAAAGGUGAAAUAACCCACGUACUAGGCAUAUCGAAGCCAAAAUACAUCAUCUGCUCCGAAGCCGCGUUCAAAACUCACGAAAAAACAUUCAAAUCACUUCGGCACAUUAAAAAAAUCAUAGUCUACGGUGACAAUUCUAAAGAGGUAUCUUAUAAUGACUUGAUUUAUAAGAAGAAUGUGAGUUAUCAUGAUUUUAUGGCCACUGAUGUGAACGGACAAGAAGAUUUGGCGUUUAUUUUAUACUCUUCAGGCACGACAGGGCUACCUAAAGGAGUUAUGUUAACCCAUUUGAACUGCUUGAAUACAUUUUGCCAUCCCGGAGUGGAACCGCCAUUCGAACCUAUAGUCCUGACCGUGAACCCAUGGUUCCACGCCAUGGGUCUCAUGGCUGGUCUAAUGGGCCUCUCACAGGGCAGGACCAUAGUGUUCCUGCCUAGGUUCGAGAUGGACCUAUAUUUGAGGACCAUUGAGAAAUAUAAGGUGACAGUAGCGCAAGUGGUGCCCCCUAUAUUAGUGGCGUUAACGAAGACUGAUAUCAAAUACGACGUCAGCUCAGUCAUGCUGGUUUACUGCGGAGCUGCGCCAUUGAGCAGUGAAGUUAGCAACGCUAUACAGAAAAUUUUCCCAAACGCAAUGCCAGUUCUCCAAGCUUACGGUAUGACAGAAACUACUCUGGCCAUCACCAGAAACAUUAACAUCUUUCAAGCCAUGCCGGGGUGUGUUGGUGAAGCUACCUACACUGCUGUUAUUAAGGUCAUAGACCUAGAAACCAAGGAGCCCCUAGGACCUAACAAGCCAGGCGAGGUCUGCGUCAAAGGCGGCAUGGUCAUGAAAGGAUACGUCGGCAAAGAACGGAAGGAGGAUUUUGAUGAUGAAGGGUUCUUCAGGACGGGGGACGUGGCGUACUAUGAUGAGGAUGGGAACUUCUAUAUCGUGGACCGACUCAAGGAGCUUAUUAAGUAUAAAGGAUUCCAGGUGGCUCCAGCAGAAAUCGAAGCAGUUCUAUUGCAGCAUCCAGCAGUUCGAGAUGCAGGUGUAGUGGGGGUGCCUGACGCUCAGGCGGGGGAGGUCCCGCGCGCGUUCGUAGCCCUGCAGCCUGAGGCUGAGGCUACAACUGAAGAGCUGCAGGCCUUCGUCGCCGAGAGGCUCUCGAAGCCGAAACACCUGCGGGGCGGGGUACGAUUCGUGCCGGACAUCCCAAAGAACCCGAGCGGCAAGAUCCUGCGCAAAGAACUGCGCAGACUAGCACAGGAAAAAAGCAAACUUUGA